UGGUUUUCAGAAUCAGUGUUGAGAAUCGAUCUGUUUUACACCAACAAGUAUUUGCUUGUGUUUGCUUACUCUGAUUUGAUUUGAUCGUCAAAGUUUAUGGUUUUCCAAUGCCGAAACGUGAAACUUCGCUUGGUAACAACCUCGUUCGAUUUUUAAAAAUUUGGAUACCAGGUGAUGGAAGAUGUUUGUUCCGGUCUGUGGUUCACGGUGCUUGUCUAAGAGAAGGGAAGCCACCUCCGAGCGAGAGCCGGCAGAGAGAACUUGCAGAUGAGCUUAGAGAUAAAGUUGUAGACGAAUUCAUUAAGAGGCGGGCAGACACUGAAUGGUUUCUUGAAGAUGAUUUUGAGACGUAUGUUGUACAGAUGAGACAGCCUCAUAUUUGGGGAGGCGAGCCUGAGUUGCUCAUGUCCUCUCAUGUUCUGAAGACGCCAAUCACAGUUUACAUGCGAGACAAGAAUUCUGGCAGUCUCAAGAUCAUAGCUGAAUAUGGUCAAGAAUACGGUAAAGACAACCCUAUUCGCGUUCUUUAUAACGGUUAUGGACACUACGACGCACUGCGGAGUUCCACCGGCAGUGCACAACCGAAAAUGUACAGGUUUUGGUGAAUGGAUAGUGUUCACAGGACUCAAAGUCAUAUUCAGGUUAUUGAAAAUUUGAAAUGUGUCCCGUUGUAACUUCCAAAAGCGUAUGACAUUCUGGAUUCUGUGGUGCUGGUGCCUGGUUGUAUAUUCUUCAGAUAUUGGAAAGUAACUCGCAUGUCUGCGAAAUAUAUUAAUAAAUUGUCUCGGAUUAAACUCUGUGUGUGUGUGGAUAGUCCAUCGAUCUUUAUUUAUAAUUGCAUUUUGUUUAAUCAACAGUAUACCAAUCUUUCUAAUAGC